CAUGGGCAAAUCAAAUGUCAGUUGAUUGAAACAAUCGUAGUUUUCGGCAAAGUAAAUAACAGCGAUUUCUAUUUUACUACUAAAUAAAUCACUAUUAAACAUGACGUCUCAAACGAAUGCAGGCCAGUCUACUGACGAAGAACCGCUAAAAAAGAUAUUCGAUGAUGCCAUGAAAAUAUAUAAUAUGUUAGAAAAAAACAACGAGCCGACAAACAGUAAUGCGGUUCAGAUAAGCAUAAAAUCAGCGAUAUCUAAAUUUGAGAAGGCCACAAACUUGGUAUCUAUGUCAGGCAUAUUCAGUAAGAACGAGAGCCUGGAUGAGUUGCCGACGGAGACCCUGCAGUACCUACUGCUGCCUGCACUGCUGGGACAGCUCAGUCUGAAGCUCUGCAACCAGCCACGCAUAGAUCUGGUCAACGUCGCUGAAAUAUAUUUCAAAGAUUUCCUGCAGCGGUGUAAAGACUAUGGUGUGGCUGACAUAGAGGUACCAGAGACAAGUGCAAGUAAUGAAGUAGCUAAACCAAUGUCUGAGCAAGCUAAGAUAGCGAAUUUGGUAAGAACUAGGGAUGCUAAAAUCAAAAGAUACAAGGAGAUGCAGGAGCUCAAAUCACAACUGAACUCUCUGUCCAUGGCGAUGGAGGCAUCAUCAGAUGACGACACGAAGAGGGAGUACUUCACAAAGUUGCUGCUCAGUUUCGUGAACCAGGCGCUUGAGGAACUUAGCAGUAUUGAGCAGGAAAAGUCCAUUCUGGAAUACAUGUCUAAGAAUGCUGGAGAGCCGAAGCCUAAGGAGCGCAGCCGCGCGGGCGGGGCAGGCGGGGCGGGCGGGCUGAAGCCGGUGAUCAUCACGCGCGACGCGCUGCAGAAGGCGGUGUUCGGCGCGGGCUACCCGGCCAUCCCCGCGCUCACCGUCGAGGAGUUCUACGACCAACGCGUGCGGGAGGGACUUUUCCCAGGCGCGUGCACGAGUAUACCUCACACCACCAUACAGAACACAGAGGAAGACGCCGAUGAGGCUGACAGGAUACGAAAGGAACGAUUGGUGGAAGACGAUGACCCAGAAGAGUUGGCUCGUCAGCGCAACAUGGACGAGUACAAAGAUGACCACCGCCGCGGCUGGGGCAACCGGUACAACAGAAGCUAGUGUGUGACGGUAAUACCUACAAGUAACACCUGCGAGUUUUAGCGAUUUUAAACCUUAUUAUAAUGCGCGUAAGACAAGAAGAUAAACACCGCCGCGGCUGAAGCAGUCGGUACAAUGGAAAUUGAUAUGGUAUGCCAUGACCUGAAGAAUAACUCUAAAGAAUGAGCGAAUUUGAACCUUAAUAUCACGGGCAGGAAAGAUCAAAUUAAACACCGCAACUGCUACGACAGGACAUUACCCAUUUUCUAAUACCAGCGAGUUUAAGCGAUUUUGUACCUUUAGUUGUGACCAUAGGACAUCAAGUUGAAUACCUCAGCUGUUUCAGAAGGAGCUGGGUGUCUGACGGCAUGUAUACCAACAGCAGCUUCACAGAAUAACUCUGAGUUUGAGCGAUUUUGGUCCUUAAUUUAACGUGAAUAAGACAUUAAGCUGAACAUCACCAAGACUCGAAUAUCGAUUUAAUGUGUGUUCUAACUAACUUUUUUUCUUAAGCUUCGUUAAAGGUACGGAAUAUAAAAAGCUAGUCAUAUUCAGGAAAUUUAAAUAUGGACGGCAAUUGAAAUCAUGACUUUAGACAAACUGGUCCCACGUAUGCAACAAAUAUAUUAUGAUGUGUGCAUACUUCAUUUGGUGUUUUAGACGAUUUGUAAGUCUGCAGUACUAGCCUUACUCCUGUUAGAACUGAGUUCUGUUUUUGUUAUUUGGAAAUCCGCCACUAGCGCCAAUUUGUGCAGUGUCACCAGGCGGAACUACGCUCGACUGACAGCUUUCGAUGCCGAUAACACUAGAUCGCUACUCAAUCUCGGUUUAUGAUCGACAAUUGAACCAAAAUAAAAAUAAACUGGACUAACUGAGUUUCAAGGGUAUGGAAAUUUGUCUUCAAUUUUACAAACAACAACUUACCGUCAGAUAUAAAAAUAACUUUGACGAAUGUGAUCUCUUGUGUGUAACUUACGCUUCCACGUAAUUAAAUGGUUGCUUUAAUUUUAUAACAUGUUGCAGAGUUGUAAAUGUAUACGUAGCUUGGUUUACGAAUGAAAUGAUGUUUUUAUGCUCUUUUAGGAAGUGAUCCUUUGUUGAUACAAAAUAAUGAUGUACUAACAUAAGUCCAGGAAAGUAAUGUUAUUGUGUUAAACAAUAAAAUGAAAUUUACAUAUUGUA